UAACCCGCAUAGAUCCUUUUAGUCGUUUGUUUGCUAAGCUAAUCUGUAACUUAGUGCUAGAAUUAUUUAGUAUGGUCGAUUUAAUCACUUUUAAAAAUGAAGUGGCGUUCAUUGUUAAUAACCUGGCCAAGGAGAUUUUUGCCGCGGCGGAAAAAGUCUCUUUAAAUAAACAAAACCCCGAAACUGAGGAGAAACUCUGUGCUGUGGUGGACAGUUUGUGUGUUGAAGCUGUGGAGAAAAUCCUGGAGAUGGUGGAGCUGGUUGCUGUGAAGCAGGAGGAGACUCCAGGAGCCCUGAGAGAUCCUCCUCAGUCUGAUGAGAGUUUUAUGAUGAUGCAGACACCUGAAGGUGAGGACGGUGGAGGUGAGCACGCCCCCACAGAACAGACCUACAUCCUGGUUUACGGGAACGCCGCUGUCGACUCCAGGUGUGUGCUGGUCUCACUGCAGAGCGCCGCUGAUGCUAACGGUGAAAAUAAAACCAGCUCCACUGAGGUAACAGGCGACGUGAUGACUCUGCACAGCAAACCCUCCUCCUUCUCCCCUCCCCCUCAGGCCGAUCUCCCCGACCACGAGUACGCUCGGCCGUCCUCAACUCCGUCCAGCACCGCAACGGCAGAGGAGGACAGAGUCUCUGCAGGACGCAGCAGGAAGCAGCGCCGCAGCCACAGGAAAAAGGACACAAAGACGCCGACAGCAGAGACGUCAGAAGCUCACCACCAGUGCUCCCAGUGCGGGAUGCUGUUUCCAAACUCAGAGCGACUGUCCGACCACCAGAGGAAGUCUCACCCGGUGUGUUCGGUGUGUGGGAAGCUGUUCACCGGCAUCCUGAAGCUCCGUGAGCACGAGAUCAAAGAGCACGGGCUGCUGCCAUACACCUGCGACUACUGCCCGAAAAGAUUCAACCACAAAGCUCACUGCAACCUGCACGUCAAGGCCCGGCACACCGGAGAGAAAACCUGCCACUGCGACAUCUGCGGGAAGGGCUACUCCUGCAUCAGCGUGCUGAAAACUCACAGGAUGACCCACUUCGACAAGACAUUCAUCUGCGACGUCUGCGGGAAGAGCUUCUACCACGCCUGCCACCUGACGCGCCACAAACUGGUGCACCAGGAGGUCCGGCCUUACCAGUGCCCCACCUGCGGGAAGGGCUUCACCCAGUCCGCCAACCUGCGCAGCCACCAGGUGAUCCACACCGGAGAGAGGCAGCUGUGCUCCAUCUGCGGGAAGAGCUACCGCUGCCUGAAGAACCACGUCAUCAGCAAACACUCGCACGAGCUCCCCGCCGACGAGCUGCCGGCCAGAGACACCAUCGUCACCUGCGAGGUCUGCGGCAAGAAGUUCCCCAACCUGUCGCAGUUUAAAGUUCACCAGAGGAGCCACACGGGAGAGAAGCCGUUCCACUGCGACAUCUGUGGGAAGAGUUACCGGCUGAAGGAGCUGCUGAGGGACCACAGGUACACCCACACCGGAGAGAAGCCCUACAGGUGUUCUCUCUGCUCCAAGACCUUCAACCUGGCCACCAGCUUCAUGAGGCACCGCAGCAUCCACACCGGAGAGACGCCGUACAGCUGCCACGACUGCGGGAAACACUUCCGCCUGCUCACCUUCCUGAAGGCUCACCUGCAGACCAAAGCUCACCUGAAGCAGACGCAGCAGAGGCAGCCCGUCUCCUCUGACCUCUGAGAUAAGACCCUUGUCUUGCCAAAAGUAUGUGGACACCCAAAUAUGGCAGCUGUUUGUGAGCGUGUGAGCACUAACACACAGUGCUGCUGCUGUUUUCUGACCUCUGACCUGCUUCUCCUUCAGAUUCACUGUAAUAUCUGUGGCUGCUGUGUUGUCAGCAGAGACGUUAAUCUGCUGCGGCAGCCUGGCCGGAGAUAAUUCCACUUUGCUGCAGUCAGAUGAUAAUUGUAAUCCAGCAGGCCUCUGUCUUUAAGCUCAGACUGUUUUGAUCCAGCUGUGACUCUCACGCUGUUUGUUUUUCUGCAGAACACAGGUCAGAUUAAAGGAUGCAUACAACA